GGCGCGGCCAUGGCGGAGCGGGACGGGGCCGGCACGGGCAGCGGGAAGAUGUCCCUGCACAGAUGUGAAACCUGUAGCAAAGAAGAAGCUAAAUACAGAUGUCCACGAUGCAUGAAAUAUUCGUGCAGUCUGUUGUGUGUAAAGAAACAUAAGCUUGCACUGAGCUGUAACGGAGUCAGGGAUAAAACAGCAUUUGUCUCUGUAAAUGAAUUUACUGACUUGAACCUUUUGAGUGAUUAUCGUUUCCUGGAAGAUGUAGGAAGGACAGCUGAUGCUGCUGCUCGACAUUGUACUGUGCAUAGUCCAGCAACAAAAAGACUUUUACAGUGCUUGAGAAACAAAGCUCGAGGGUGUAAUAUUGAGCUGAAAACACUGCCUGUGGGAUUUACAAAAAGAAGAGAAAAUUCAACCACGUUCAAUUCCAUGGAGAACAAGUUCUACUGGCAUUUGAAGCUCGUAUUUCCUCACUGUCAUGCUGAGUACACUUUAAAACGGGUGCCUGAUGAUAAAACACUCACUGAUAUCCUUAAGCCGUACAUUGAUCCAGUGGAGUCGGAUCCUGUAGUUUGUCAAAGAUUAAAAAUCUAUACAGCAUCUCCUCAGUCAGAUGUACAAAUUUUAAUGAAAAUAGAAAACAGGAGCCGAAACUCUGUCAGGUACAAUGAACUGGAUGCCAGUAGAAGCCUCUUAGACAAUUUGAAAGGCAAAGUAAUAAUUGAGUAUCCAACAUUAUUUGUGGUCUUGAAAACACUGAAGAAUGACAUGGUGGUUCUUGGCAAAGAUGGCAGUGAACCUGUAGAGAAGUCGGACAGUGAAAGUUCAUCUAUUUCAUCUAUGGAGGAAGGGGAAAUUCGGGACAGUUCAUGACGGUGCUUUGAGAGGAGAGGGUGGAAUGAGCUUUUUGGGGUUUUAAUUAUUUAAUUAAAUGAUUUUUUAUACAACUGAA